UAGCAAGUGUGUCAGAUAACGCUCAAUAAUUUAUAUGGCGAGAUUACAUGAGAAACGACAUAUUUAAGUGUUUUAUUUGUGCAUCAUAUUGAGAAUAUUGGAGUAUAAUUAGGAAAUUACUGAUACGCAUACAUGAAGAAAAAAUAUGCAUGAUGGUGGUGAGGCUGGUGGUUGCUUUGGAUCUCGGAACAACAUAUAGCGGAUAUGCUUUCUCCGCAAGUUCCGAUCCAUUAACGAUCGUAUCAAACGUAUGGAAUUCUGGAUCAGGACAGCUCAUGUCGUCAAAAUCACCAACAUGCGUACUUCUUCACAACGACAUGUUUCAUUCCUUUGGAUACGACGCAGAAAACAAAUACGUUCAGGUUAUAGACGACGAAGACAGAAACGACUGGCGUCUAUUUAGAAGAUUCAAGAUGGUCUUGCACAAACAAGCGACAGUAUCAAGAUCAACAACAACAAUCGCAGAUACCAGAGGGGACUACAUGGAAGCCUUCCCGAUAUUUACUAUGGCCUUAGAGUAUCUGAAAAAAUCGGCACUUGAACAUAUCAAAAAACAGCGUGGCGAGGUAUCAAUGGAGAACGUUACAUUUGUUAUAACUGUUCCGGCGAUUUGGGAUGACAAUGCAAAGCAAUUCAUGAGGGAAGCGGCGACCGAGGCCGGGAUAGACACUUCGAAACUUAAGUUUGCUCUAGAACCAGAGGCUGCAUCCAUCUGGUGUGAGUCACAUAGUGCCGAGGCGAGCAUUGCUCUGGCAGGAACUGGGACACGUUAUAUGGUCGUGGAUCUAGGAGGAGGGACAGCUGAUAUUUCAGUUCAUGAAAGGAAUGAAGACGGAACAUUGAGGAAAUACACAGAGCUAGUGGUGGUAAUUGGGGUGGAACGAAUGUUGAUGCCAAGUUCAUUGAACUGUUACAAGACUUGUUUGGUAGAGAAAUACUGCAUGCAUGGAAGAGAGAUAACCAAGAUGAUUAUAUGGAACUCCUAA